CGGGGUAGUUCUUGGCUCUUGUCUGCCUUGCCAUUGCUGUCGCUGUGAAGGGGCACUGCGACUAUAUAGUAGACAAGAACCCGUCGCGUGCCGCGCUGCCAACCAUGCAUUUGGUACCAAAAGAGCUCGACAAGCUCGUCAUCUCUCAAUUGGGAUUCCUAGCUCAACGUCGUCUCGCACGUGGUGUACGACUCAACCAUGCUGAAGCUUCGGCUCUGAUCUCGUCCAACCUGCAGGAGUUGAUCCGCGAUGGACAAUACUCCGUGGCCGAUCUUAUGUCCAUCGGCAAGACGAUGCUGGGUCGCCGUCAUGUCCUUCCCUCGGUCGUCUCGACCCUGGUUGAAUUGCAGGUGGAGGGAACCUUUCCGACGGGCACCUACCUGGUGACGGUGCACCACCCGAUCAGCAGCGACGACGGGGAUCUGGAGAAAGCGCUCUAUGGAAGUUUCCUCCCCAUCCCGCCGGCAGACGCGUUCCCGGACCCGGACCCCACAGACUACACGCCGGAGAGCAUGCCGGGAGCCAUCCUGCCGGUACCGCACAGCCGCAUCACGCUCAACGAGGGAAGGAAGCGCAUUAAGCUCAAGGUCAUGAGCAAGGGUGACCGGCCCAUCCAGGUCGGCUCCCACUACCAUUUCAUCGAAACCAACCCGCAGCUGUACUUCGAUCGCCUCCGUUCGUAUGGGUACCGGCUCGACAUCCCGGCUGGCACCUCAGUUCGGUUCGAGCCCGGUGACACCAAGGUCGUCACGCUCGUGGAGAUCGCCGGCCACCAGAUCAUUCGCGGAGGAAACUGUUUGGCUUCGGGAAAGGUGGAUCUCAGUCGUGCGGAAGAGAUCAUGAUGCGCAUGCAGGUGGUUGGCUUUGCCCAUGUUUCUGAACCGACUGCGGACGCCGCGCUCGUGACUCCCUUUUCAAUGGAGCGCGAGGUAUACGUGCGUAUGUUUGGCCCCACAACGGGCGAUCUGGUUCGUCUAGGGUUGACGAACCUCUGGGUGCGCGUUGAGAAGGAUUAUACGAGCUAUGGAGAUGAGUGCACGUUCGGUGGCGGUAAGGUUAUUCGGGAUGGUAUGGGUCAGUCUUCGGAGAAGUCCACGGCGGAGUGUCUGGAUACUGUUGUUACGAAUGCGCUGAUCAUCGAUUGGAGCGGUAUCUACAAGGCCGAUAUCGGUAUUAAGGAUGGACUCAUCGUUGGUAUUGGCAAAGCUGGAAACCCGGACAUCAUGGACAGCGUCACCCCGGGUAUGAUUGUUGGCUCAUCGACGGAUGUGAUUGCUGGCGAGAACAAGAUCGUCACUGCCGGUGGCUUCGACACUCACAUUCAUUUCAUCUGCCCUCAGCAAGCGGACGAGGCCUUGGCUUCUGGUGUGACGACAUUCUUGGGCGGCGGUACCGGUCCCUCGACCGGGUCCAAUGCCACCACCUGCACUCCUGGCCCCACGCACAUGCGCCAGAUGAUCCAGGCGUGCGAUCGCAUUCCGCUGAACAUCGGUAUUACUGGUAAAGGCAACGAUUGUGGUGGAGUGAGCCUUGAGGAACAAAUCAAGGCGGGUGCUGCCGGACUGAAACUCCACGAGGACUGGGGUUCCACGCCUGCUGCUAUCGAUAAAUGUCUCGACUUGUGCGAUAAGUACGACGUGCAGUGCAUGAUUCACACGGACACACUAAAUGAGUCCGGAUUUGUCGAACAGACCAUUGAGGCCUUCAAAAACCGUACAAUCCACACCUAUCACACGGAGGGAGCUGGCGGCGGUCACGCUCCCGAUAUCAUCUCAGUGGUGGAGCACCCUAACGUCCUCCCCAGCAGUACCAACCCUACCCGGCCAUUCACCAUGAACACCCUGGACGAACAUCUCGACAUGCUGAUGGUGUGCCACCAUUUGUCCAAGAACAUCGCGGAGGAUGUCGCCUUCGCGGAAAGUCGUAUCCGUGCCGAGACCAUCGCCGCCGAAGAUGUCCUGCACGACCUCGGCGCAAUCAGCAUGAUGUCCUCCGACUCGCAGGCCAUGGGCCGCUGCGGCGAGGUCAUCUUGCGCACGUGGAACACCGCCCACAAGAACAAGGAGCAGCGCGGCUUCCUGCCCGAGGACGAAGGCACGGGCGCGGACAACUUCCGCGUCAAGCGCUACGUCAGCAAAUACACGAUCAACCCGGCCAUCGCCCAGGGCAUGUCCCAUUUGAUCGGCAGCAUUGAAGUCGGUAAGAUUGCGGAUCUGGUCCUCUGGUCCCCGAGCUCGUUCGGCACGAAGCCCUCGCAGGUGUUGAAGAGCGGGAUGAUCGUGAUGUCUAAGAUGGGCGACCCCAACGCUUCGAUCCCCACGGUCGAGCCGAUCAUCAUGCGUCCCCAAUUCGGCGUCAUGGUCCCCAGUACAAGUAUCAUGUUCGUCUCGCAGGCCUCCAUCGACGCAGGCAUCGUCCAGACCUACGGCCUCCAGAAGCGCAUCGAGGCCGUCAAGAACUGCCGCACCGUCGGCAAGGCAGACAUGAAGUUCAACGACAUCAUGCCGAAGAUGCACGUCGAUCCGGAGAGCUACCGCGUCGAAGCCGACGGUGUGCUCUGUGAUGCCGAGCCGGCGGAGAUCCUGCCUCUGACACAGGAUUACUAUAUUUAUUGAGGUCGAAGUUGGCGGCGGUGGUGUUUUGUGGCUGUGAAAGGAAGACGUAGGUUAUAGAUUUGGGGUUGUAGGGAAAAGGGUUAGACACCGGUUUUGACGAGUUUCCUUGACGAUUGUUGACGAUGAUGAUGAUACCUUCUGGUUUCUUUUUUUUUUCUUUCCUUUUCUCUUUCUUGUUUCUAUAUACAUUUCUAGCUCUUGGUGUGGGUGUCGUCAUUCUUG